UUUUUAAUGGACUGUGAGAACAACCUUGGCAGACAGGAGGAAGAGCUGCAGCCAAGGUAAUGGCCAGAGAAGAGGCAGAGGAGCCCUCAGAAGGAAAAGGGGCGUGGGAAGCAUCUCAGAAAAGACUCUUUGUUAGAGUCCCUGCAAAGUAACGAAAGAGAGAAAUCCUUCCAAGACUUGCAAGAUUCGGUUAUUAUAACCUUACGGUGAAGGAAAUGUCCGCCUUCGUUGUCGUUUAAGCGGCCUCCAGUGAAGGUCUCCUGGCUCGCCUUCCCGACCGGAUCAGAAGGCUGCCGGAUUUCAAAAUGCUCAUAAAAGAGUAUCGGAUUCCUCUCCCCAUGAGCGUUGAGGAAUAUCGGAUUGCCCAGCUGUACAUGAUCCAGAAAAAGAGCCGGGAAGAAACUUGUGGCGAAGGCAGUGGCGUGGAGAUUUUGGAAAACCGACCGUAUAUCGAUGGCCCGGGUGGCGAUGGGCAGUAUACCCAUAAAGUAUACCAUAUUGGUAUGCAUAUUCCCAGCUGGUUCCGAUCGAUACUCCCAAAGGCGGCUCUCCGAGUCGAAGAGGAAUCGUGGAAUGCAUAUCCUUAUACCAGGACAAGGUACACCUGCCCAUUUGUGGAGAAAUUCUCCAUCGAUAUUGAAACCUAUUAUAUACCUGACUCAGGAGACCAAGCCAACGUGUUCAACCUUUCCCCAGCAGAGGAAAGGCAGACUGUUUUAGAUCCUAUCGAUAUUGUGAAGGAUCCCGUCCCACCCCACGAAUACAAAUCAGAGGAGGACCCAAAGGUCUUCAAAUCAGCCAAGACAGCCAGGGGCCCUCUGGCAGAAGACUGGAUCCAAGAGCACCAGAAUAACCCUGGGAGAUAUCCUGUCAUGUGUGCCUAUAAACUCUGCAAGGUGGAGUUCCGUUACUGGGGGAUGCAGUCGAAAAUCGAACGUUUCAUCCAUGAUGUUGGUUUACGGAAAGUGAUGGUAAGGGCUCAUCGGCAGGCGUGGUGUUGGCAGGACGAAUGGUACGGACUCACCAUAGAGGACAUCCGGCAGCUGGAGAAGGAGGCCCAGCUGAUGUUGGCCCAGAAGAUGGCCCAGUUCAGCAUCAACGAGUCCGAUCUAGAACCGCACCUUCCUCAAGACCCCCUGAACGAGCGCAAUGUGGAAUCCAAGGCCAUACCUCCAUCCACCGAGGGGGUGGAUGCCACCAGCAAUACUGACGAAUCUUUGCCGGGGCGAGUGCUAACCAAGCAGUGGUCAACGUCUUCCAAAUCCUCUUCCAAAAGAGGAGCAAGCCCCUCGCACCAUAACAUCUCCGAGUGGAGGAUGGAAAGCAUCGCCCGGGACUCGGAGGAGAGCUCCGACGAGGAAUUCUUCGAUGCCCACGAAGAUAUCUCUGAGAACGAAGAGGUGUUCCCGAAAGAGAUUACAAAAUGGAGUUCCAACGAUCUCAUGGAUAAGAUUGAAACGGCAGAAGAAACGGACGAAGCCCCAGAUGAUCCAACUCUUGAAUCGGCUGCGGGAUACCGUGUCGGCUGCAGCAUGGAAAGACUGAGCAUUAUUGAGGAUGAAGCGGCACCUCCGCUGGCGCAACCCAGCCCAAUCCACGUCCUCCUUUUGGUCCUCCACGGAGGCAACAUCCUGGAUACGGGAAGCGGGGAGCAGAGCUCCAAGCAGGGAGAUGUCAACACCAUCGCCACCGCCUUCGAUACCGUCAUCCGGGUCCAUUACCCGGCCACCCUUGGCCGGAUAGCCAUCAAACUGGUCCCUUGUCCGGCCAUCUGCUCGGAAGCGUUUUCUCUGGUCUCCAACCUCAGCCCAUAUAGUUACGACGAAGGGUGCCUCUGCAGUAGCCAGGAUCACAUCCCCCUCGCCGCGCUUCCUCUCCUGGCCACUUCCUCCCCGCAGUACCAAGAGGCGGUUGCCACGGUGAUCCUGAGAGCCAAUCAGGUGUACGGCGACUUCAUCAAGUCCCAAGAAGGUGCAUCCUUCAACGGCCAGGUGUGCCUGAUCGGGGACUGCGUGGGAGGGAUCCUGGCCUUCGACGCCCUUUGUUACAGCAACCAGACGAUGCUGGAGAGUCAAAACAGUAGCCGGCGUGGAAGUCUCAUCAGCGUGCAGGACACGGAUCUCUUGUCUCCCGGCAUCCUGGUGAACAACAGCUACUGCUCGGAAGGGUGUGGGUUGGAAGCCAGCCGGCAUCUCAGCCGGAGCACGGCCGACCUGCCGCGCAGCAACGAGGAAGAUCUCCAGAAGCAGCAGCUGCUGCGGAAAAGGAGCGAUUCGUCCACCUUCGAGCUGGACACCCUGAAGCAGCACCAGGCGUUCCUGUCCAGUUUACAUUCGAGUGCCCUGAAGAACUUUCCGGGAUCACGACGAUCGAGUAGUUCCACUCAAUUGGACGGUGGGAAUCUUGGGAAGUUUGAGUUUGAGAUCACCGACUUCUUCCUCUUUGGCUGUCCGCUGGGGCUGGUCCUUGCCUUACGAAAAACCAUCAUACCAACUCUUGACAUCUUCCAGUUGAGACCAGCCUGCCAGCAAGUCUACAACCUCUUCCACCCAGCUGAUCCUUCGGCCUCUCGCUUGGAGCCUCUUCUAGAGAAGAAGUUCCAUAUUUUACCGCCCUUCAACAUCCCACGUUACCAGCGGUUCCCUCUUGGGGAUGGCAAUUCAGCCCUUCUGGUGGAAACGGUCCAGAACAACCCUGCCCUCCUCGUUGAAAGCAACCUCCUGGUUGCUCUUCAGAACCAGGACAACUUCAUGGAAACCAGUAUCCCCGUUCCCACCUUGAACUGGCAAGACGUUUCCAAUAAAAAUUCUGGAUUUGCUGAGUCAGAUGUUGUUCAGUCUCAUGGUGGCGUCUUGGUGGAAAACACCUCCCCGUCUGCUCCCGUUUCCGCCCCCCAGUUCAGGGCCUUCCGGAGAGCAAGUGAAGUGAGCAUUGUCAGCCAAGUGUCCGGAAUGGCCGACAGUUACACUGCUUCCAACAUAGCCAACAAGAAAAAACACCAUCUCAACCACUCCAGAGGUUUUAGCCUUUUGGCACUCCUAGCGCUCCCCCACAAACCCCACAACCAGUCCUUCCCCCAGAGAACUGGGGGGCUCAAACCCGAAAGAUCCCCGAAUCCUUUAGGACGAAGGUUUGAGAGCUCCCUCCACGGGGAAACGGAGGCCAUUCGCCUGAUUCCAGAUCUCGACGUCCACAAAGUUGCGGCCAAGUGGUGGGGAACCAAAAGGAUUGACUACGCUCUCUACUGCCCGGAUGCGCUGACCGCCUUCCCCACAGUUGCCUUACCACAUCUCUUUCACGCCAGUUACUGGGAAUCCACAGACGUGGUCUCCUUCCUCCUCCGACAGGUGAUGCGUCAUGAAAACAGUAGCAUCCUUGAAGUGGACGGGAAAGAGGUCUCCGUCUUCACGCCUUCCAAACCCAGGGAGAAAUGGCUCCGUAAACGGACUCAUGUCAAGCUACGGAAUGUCACCGCCAAUCACCGAAUCAACGACGCCGUAGCCAACGAGGAUCGGCCCCAAGUGUUAAACGGGAGGUUCAUGUACGGCCCAUUGGACAUGGUUACGCUCACGGGGGAGAAGGUGGACAUUCACAUCAUGACUCAGCCCCCCUCAGGAGAAUGGGUUUAUUUUGACACAGAGAUCACCAACAGCAGCGGACGGGUUUCCUACACGAUUCCCGAGCAGAGACGGCUGGGGAUCGGGGUAUAUCCUGUCAAAAUGGUGGUGAGGGGUGAUCACACAAAUGCAGAUAGCUACAUAACCGUUUUACCACGGGGGACCGAAUUCGUGGUCUUCAGCAUCGAUGGUUCUUUCGCAGCCAGCGUCUCCAUCAUGGGCAGUGACCCCAAAGUCAGGGCUGGAGCAGUUGACGUCGUACGGCACUGGCAAGAGCUUGGCUACCUCAUUAUCUACGUCACGGGCCGGCCCGACAUGCAGAAGCAGAGAGUAGUUGCCUGGUUAGCACAGCACAACUUCCCUCACGGGAUUGUCUCCUUCUGCGAUGGGCUGGUUCAUGAUCCCUUGAGGCACAAAGCGAACUUCCUGAAGUCUCUAGUCACAGACCUGGACAUGAAGAUCCAUGCGGCCUAUGGCUCCACCAAGGAUGUCUCCGUCUACACGUCCAUCAACCUGCCCCCUCCACAGAUCUACAUUGUCGGGCGGUCCACCAAAAAAUUACAGAACCAAUGCCAAUUCAUCACAGAAGGCUACGCAUCCCAUCUGGCCCAGCUGGAGUACACCCAUCGCUCCCGGCCUGCCAAGAACACCACGCGGAUGGCUCUCCGGAAGGGCAGCUUCGGACUCCCGGGCCAAACCGAAUUCUUGCGCAAGAGGAACCACCUGCUGCGAACCAUCUCCUCUCAGCCCACUGUGUCCGCUGGCCACAGUGCCGGUUACCGUCCAGAGCGGACGCAAAGCCACUCCGAAAGUCACCAGGAAAGGGACCGAGAACGCACCCAACGGAGUAUGAGUCUCGCCACGGGCUGCUGGGGACGAACCACGGUCCCAAGGCUCGAACCGGGGAACUUGGGUCAGAAGUAGAGGCGUCCGAGGCGCAAUGAUGGCCGGCUGCACUUGCCCAGGUGGCGGAAGCAGGGGCCACAAUAAGGCCAGCAGCGUGGGGCUCAUGGGCAAAUAUGGUGCUACUCAUUGCCGGUGGGGCGGCGGUGACCUGGCCAGGAGCAACCGAGCGAUUUGGGUUUCCUUUUUCCCCCGCCCACAAAACACGCAGGCCUGGACAGUGGCAGGGACAUUGGGUACGUGGAGCGCAACCGGGCGGGCUGAGAACAGGAGCCGCCUUCUGCCACCGAGAUGUCAAGCUGCCUCAUCUUCAAGAUCCACCGUUUUCCGGCUCUUAUCCAGGGUUAGAGAUUGUAAAUAUGUGCCUGUCCAGAUUCUUCUUAGCCAUCCGUCAAAGACGAGAAGACACACCGUCAAAGAAAAUACACCGGUACCGUUGGGAGCAGCAGCAGCAGCAGACCAGGUUGUGGGUAGGAGGGCCGUGUGUUCACGUAGGCCGGCCCUGGGACCCGGACACGAGGAAGGGGACACCGCCAACUAUCACUGCUUUACAAUCACAACGCCACUUGAUUCAUUCAUGGAGACUCGAAGGACUCGGGACCCACAAGCAGAAGCCACAGCUCCAGGGCCGAGUCACGUUCAACGGCUUCCACUCGGCGACAUAAAGCUACAUGUACGAUGCGCACACCAUUGGAUAGGUGGUUUAUCAAGGCUGGUUCUAAUUAAAGGAUUUUUUUUUAAAAAAAAAAAGUAAGAGUUUGGAAGUUGACGGAUUGCACUAAUUCAGGAAAAAAAAAAGCGUGUAAUAGGCAAAAGAUUCUGCUCCUUCAGAGGGAAGGGAGCACGAUUUGGGCACGACUUGCAGAAGGCAGUUCCUGCCGUACGAUUCGGAGCACCUGGGAGGUGGCGAUCUUUGCUCAGCCUAAAACCGAAAAUAAAAAAAAGAAGCUACGUCCAAAUUCUUCCCAGCCCUUUUUAGAUUGUUGUUGUUGUUGUUAUUUAUUUAUUUAUUCCCCUCCACCCCCUGCCGUUAAGACUGGAAUCCGUUUCUUGUUUUUCCAACAUUAAGAGUAGCGGCUUUCGGCGGAGGUUGUAAACUCGUUUUUUUUUUAAACUGUAGAUACGUCGCAACUGCACACCUCACAGUUUUUAGGUUUGGCACUGAGAAACUUUUAGGAAGAAGGACUGGGAUGGAGGGGGUUUUUUUGGUUUUCUUCUCAAGCGGCUCCUUCCGUUUAGCGUUGUUAAGCCACGGCACGUCUGUCUGUACUUAACAGACGCACAACACAGCAGGCUGAGCGAAGGGAGGGAUUUUCCCAACCCUUUCACCCUUUCGAUAUUUCAGGAAGAUUUUUUUAAACGUUCAAAUUAGCCGUUUGUAGACACGUCAAUCUGACCAGGGAGAUUAGGAGAAGGUGUAUUUUCUCCCCCGCUUGGAAGAGAUUUGAUGCUGAAAAAUAAGAGGAUCUCUGAGCAGAAGUGGAUUUCUAAUACAGGGGGUUCUUGGUUUACAACCGUUCAUUUAGUAACUGUUCGAAAUUACAAUGGCACUGGAAAAAUGGGACUUACGGCCAUAACUCAUACUUACGAACCGUCAAAGUAUCAGGGGUGAAAUCCAGCAGGUUCUGACAGGUUCUGGAGGACCGGUAGCGGAAAUUUUGAAUAGUUCGGAGAACCGGGAAAUAUCACUUCUGGCUGGACCCGGAGUGGGGUGGGAAUGGAAAUUUUGCAAUAUCCUUCCCCGGGAAUGGGGAUUUUGCAAUAUCCUUCCCCGAGGAGUGGGGAGAGAAUGAGGAUUUUGCAGUAUCCUUCUCCAGGAGUGGAGUGGGAAUGGAAAUUUUGCAAUAUCAUUCCCCGGGGUGGGGAGGGAAUGGAGAUUUUGCAAUAUCCUUUCCCUGCCACACCCACCAAGCCACACCACGCCUACAGAACCGGUAGCAAAAAAAAUUGGAUUUCACCACUGCAUAGUAUCUCUGUUGUCACGUGAUCAAAAUCCGCCCGCUUGGCAGUUGGUUUGUAUUUGUUGACGGCUGCAAUGUCUCGGAGUCACGGGAUCCCCUUUGGCUACCUCUUCUGAUGAGCAAAGCCAACGGGGGAAUCCUGAUUCAUUUAACAACCAUCCGACUGACAACUACAGUGAUUCGCCGAACAACGGCGGCCAGAAAGAUAGCGCGAAAUGGGGCAAAACUCACUUAACCACUGUCCCGCUUAGCAACUGAAAUCUGGGUGGGUGAGUAUGUCGAUUGUGGUUGUUAAGUCAAGGACCACCUGUAUUGUCCUCCUGCUUCUCUGUUUGUUUACAUGGCUUGAUUUUGAAAGAUUUUUUGGGGGGAAAAGACGGGGGUUGGGGGGGGCUUUGUCUGGCUGUUCACCCUUUUUUGUCUCCCCUUUUUUGCAAUCCAGAUUUUCUAGCUGCUGCCAAGGGGGCAUUUCAGCCUGUUCUAAAGCCCCGUCCGCUUCACGGGGAGGUCAGCCUUAUCUUUACUGGCCUGCGAUGCUGCUACUUUUUUAAAUAUUUGCUCGGAUAUCUCCUCUUUCGCCUCCGACUGCUUGUAUCACUCUUAUCUCUGCAGGUGCAACUUCGUCCAUCUUUCCUUCCUUUCCCCCCUCCAUCCCCACCACUCACCCCAGACCAAUGAGAUGUCCGAACUCCCCCAGACUGUUGCACUGUGAAAUGCAGCCUUUUUCCGACCAGCGCAAAGCUUCGGUCGGUUGCCUGGGUAUUUUUCUUUUUUUUUUUCAAAUGAACAAAUGCUUUUUUUAUAAUAUACCCCCUUUGAAACUGUGGGGUGCACCUUUUUCCGGCGUCUGUUUCACUCCCCUUGAAACAUGCCGGAGUAAAAUUUACUGUACAGAGUGUGUGGUUUAGGAAGCCAUAUCGUAUGAUCCUAAACAGUCUUAUUAUCCAACUGCGAAAGGGACUGGAAUGUUUCUGACUACUUUAGGGAUUUUUUUUCUUCCCUCUCUGGUUGAGCCUAGCGCUUCGGGAUGGACGUUGAAAAACCAGGAGUGAGAGAGGAGUCCAAAUGGAUUUGCGUUUCUGCUCUGUCUCGUCCGAUCAUCGCGUCUCCGUUAUGUCGUGCAAAAACAAAAAACAAAAAAGACACCACAAAAAAUUGCCAAGGGAACCACACUGUUUGGGGACUUCAUCCUGUCCUUCUUGGCUCUUGCACAACCCGUCAGCCAAGACGCAACCUGAUGUGUAAACAUUUUGCAAACUCUAAAGAAAAAACAACAACAACAGUACGUCUCAUGUCUCUGUGUGCAUUUGCAAAAUGUGUGUAAAAAGAGAAAAGUCAGCGUAAAACUCAAAAUGUUUUUUGCAAACUUGGCGAUUUUAACAUGGGGGACGGGAUCUCAACAUGCUGGCUGGGGGAUUCUGGGAGUUGAGAUCCACCCAUGUUGGCUGGGUGGGGAAUUCUGGGAGUUGAAGUCCACAGAUCUUAAAAGUUGGCCAAGGUUGGAUCUAAAACAUCUGUACUUGGAAAGUAAGGUAGAAUUCGGUUUUAUUUUUUCUCCCAACCCAUCGGCCUGGAUCCGAGGGGCUCCAACCUGGUCCAGUAUUAAAAACCUGGCAAUUCCCACCCAUCACCCUCUUAAGCCCCACGAUAGCAGAAAGGUAGCUUGCAAAGGUAGCAGGCAAAUCAGAAUGAAAGCCUCCUCCUUUUCAAUCCAGGCAGAUCUCUUUGCCUUUUAAAACAGGAAAGCAUUUCAGUUUGAAGAACGUUUAUCGUGUCCUACAGCGAAGCCGAAGGGACUUGGCAAGUUCGGUUCCUGCCGGAUUUAGCCAAAAGCUGCUUUGCUGGGAAACAUCCCUCUCCUUUUAAUGUCUCCACCAUCACGACAGGGUUCCCAUUAGCCCUCUUUUUUUCCUACCUGUUCUAAUGUCAUCUUUAAACAUGUCCAGUUGGCACCGGGAAAAGGAAAAAUCUAACCAUUAAGGAUACAGGGUGGUAAAAUUAUUUAAAAACAAGGUUGACUCAGCCUUCCGUCCUUCCGAGGUUGGUAAAACGAGGACCCAGAUUGUUGAGGGGCAAGAGGCUGACUCUGUAAACCGCUUAGAGAGGGCUGUAAAGCACUGGGAAGCGGCAUAUAAGCCUAAGUGAUAUUGCCUUGCCUUGCCUUCCUUCCUCCCACCUUCCCUCCCUUUUAACCUUCCUUUCCUUUCCUUCUUUCCUUUCCUUUCCUUUCCUUUCCUUUCCUUUCCUUUCCUUUCCUUUCCUUUCCUUUCCUUUCCUUUCCUUUCCUUUCCUUUCCUUUCCUUUCCUUUCCUUUCCUUUCCUUUCCUUUCCUCCUUGCUUUCCCAGUGAUUAGAAUGCAGUAUCAGAGGCUAAUUCUGCCGACUGCCAGCGGUUCGAUCCUGACCGGCUCAAGGUUGACUCAGCCUUCCAUCCUUCCUUAAAAUGAGGACCCAAGUUGUUGGGGGCAAUAGGCUGACUCUGUAAGCCGCGUAGAGAGAGCUGCAAAGCACUGUGAAGCGGUAUAGAAAUCUAAGUGCUAUUCCAGGUGGAAAUGCACAUUUGGGACGUUUGAGGGUCUGGCUUAGCCUGUUCCAUCUUUUUGUUUUGUUUUGUUCCUAUGUUUCUGUGUGCAUGAUACUGUCGGACGCCUUGCUGUUGUCGUACGUGACCGCCAUCUUCUCCCCUGCCACCUGAGUGUGCUUUGUAUCCAGUUACCAGUUGUAUGUGAACCUCUAAUUAAAGGAACUGGGAAGGCUUA